AUGAAUUGGUCAUCAGGGCUUCAUACUUGGAUAUUUUCCAUUCUGUUGACCGCUUUGUUUUUCAACUUCUUGUUAUCCUCUGCAAGUCAACCCUCUUAUGCAGAUCAUUGUCAAUCUGUUGUCCCUGAACCAUCGAUAACAAAGUACGAAGCUGCCCGGCUCUCAUCUUUUCCUUUCCAAACUGGUUAUUACGAUGGUGGCAGUAGCAUUCUCUCUCAGAACCCAUCUGAGGGCUUAAAGUCACUCACCUUUCAGCCACAAAGAGUCUAUAGAACUGACCAAGACGGUGUAUUUAGUAUAUAUGGAAUUCUGGAGUUCGCAUCUCAAAGCAUCCUGGAUUCUGUAUACAUUCAUGCUAGAAGUAUAAUAAGUUUCAGGCUUGAAGGGCUGUGGUCAGAAUCUUCUGGCAACCUUUGUAUGGUGGGAAAUGGUUAUUUCUACACCAAAGAACGUAAGGCUCCCAAACUUCAGGUUGUCCUGAAGCUCAGUAAUCUCAGGAAUUCCAGUAGUAAUAUCACUACUUUGGUUACCGGAACUAUGGAGAGCUUGAGUUCUUUGAAUGCUUUGAGUUACUUUGAACCGAUUUCUGUAAUGUUGCUUCCAAGUUUGAAUUAUGAGUACACUUUGGUUUCAAACGAAUCAGGGAAGGAGUUUUCUGGAGCAGAUGAUACUGUGAAGGGUUUACCCAUCAAUUCACUGCCCUCAAAAAGUUUCUGUUCAAUAUUGCCAAGAGUAGUUAAUGAAUUUAAAUUGAGGUAUACUGGUGACUGUGAUUCUUCAAAAAAUUGCGGACCUUUUGAUGCAGCUGUUGGAUUUUUGCCUACUACUGUUUCCUUUGAACAAAUUCAGUGUUUGGAGGAGGAAAAAAGAAUGCGAGUCCUGGUGGGAUUUCCUAGCGGUAGGUACACUCAAUUUUACCAGCCUUUCAAUCUCACCACGACACUGAUUGGGGAAGCAUUGUGGGAUUACAAGAUAAAUCAGCUGUGUAUUGUAGCUUGCCGAUUUUUUAACACCACAGGUUCUUUGUCUAAUGCUCAAGUUGGGGAUUGUAAAACAAGGCUGAGGCUGGGCUUCCCGGCAAAAUGGUCAAUCAGGGACACUAGUAAUGUUGUGGGGAAAAUUUGGAGCAAAAAAUCUGUGAAUAAUUCAGGUUACUUUAAUGAGAUCAUGUUCCAAAGUUCUCGUAGUCCUUUCAGGACGUUUCUAGGUAGGAAAUAUGAAUAUACAGAAAUGGAAAAAGUUCGAAGCUUAUGCUGGCCGAAAGGGAAGCUGAAAAAGAACAAGGGGAAGGGAUUCCCAAAUAGUUUCUCUAAUGAUAUGCGAUUUGAUAUGUGGGUUAAAAGCUCUAAGAUUAACCCCUCUUGGGGCAACGCAGCUCCCCUCUUUGUUGGUGACCAGUUUUAUAACAGAUAUGCACAUCUAGCAUAUUCAGCAAUUAGCCCAAACUCAAGAAUUUCAGGAUCUGCAGUUCAGGCAAAUCUGAGGGAUGACAGCCCUGUAAAUAUCAGCUACUUAAUUAGCAUCAACCUGAGAUCUAAUGUAUCCUGGGGAUAUGAGAUCCUAAAGUUUUCUGCUGAAGGAAUUUAUGAUGUAGAAACAGGAAAGCUUUGUAUGGUAGGUUGUAGAAAUCUUGUUCCGAAGAAUCAAUCAUUGAUACAUGACUCUAUAGAUUGUGAAGUUAUUAUUAAUUUCCAGUUUCCUCCAUCCAAUCUGAAGAUGAAUGAAGGUUAUAUUGAAGGAAGCAUCCAAAGCACGCGGGUGAAAUCAGAUUCUCUUUACUUUGAAAAAUUUGAUGUGAUUUCACGUACUUAUACUACCCCUGGAAUUAAGAACUCCAUUAGAAGGAUGGAUCUGGAGAUCGUCAUUGCUGUUAUAACCAACACACUUGCAUGUGUUUUCGUGGGAUUGCAGCUUUUCCAUGUGAAAAAGCAUCCUGAUGUGCUUCGCUUCAUUUCAAUUUCCAUGCUUUUUAUUCUUACUUUGGGCCACAUGCUAGCUCUUCUUCUAAAUUUUGAAGCCUUGUUGCAAAAAACUGUUGUGCUUGGAAGCAAUGAAUGGUUUGAAGUGAAUCAGGUGCUCGUCAGGACAUUAACAAUGGUAGCUUUCUUAAUGGAAGUUCGCCUUCUUCAGGUAUCAUGGUCUGCAAGAUCAGCUGGUGAAAACCCAGAGGCCUUGUGGUUUGCUGAGAAGUCAACUUUGUUAAUCUCUUUGCCAUUAUACGCAGCUGGAGCCUUGAUAUUGUUGCUUGUUAGCCGGAGGAAUCGAAGCCAUGAUGAUAUGUUGCUUUCAUUUCACCUAACAGGCCCUCAACAUUCUCUUUGGAAGGACUUCAAAUCAUAUGCAGGUUUGGUCUCCGAUGGUUUUCUUUUACCUCAAAUCCUACUCAAUGCAUUCAGGAACUCUAAAGAGAAUGUUCUGUCCUCUUCAUUCUGCCUUGGAACCACUUUUAUUCAUUUGUUGCCACAUGCUUAUGACCUUUACAGAGGUCACAGCUACGCUUCUGCUGGGUCAUAUUUGUACGCUGCUAGCAAUUCUGAUUUUUAUUCGACUGCUUGGGAUGUGAUUAUGCCUUUAGGGGGCCUAUUGUUUGCUGGAAUCACUUUGCUGCAGCAGAGGUUAGGAGGCCAAUGCAUUGUUCCCAAAAAAUUCUGGGUGGGUGAACAAUAUGAGAAGGUUCCAGUUGUUAGUGAAUCACAAUUGCCGGAAAAAUCUAGCCCUUCUGAUGAGAAAAUCUCAGCAUGUGCAGACUCAGACUUGGAAGAUUCAGUGCCUGGAAAAGGAAAACAGAAACGGCAAUAUGGUCAAUCCGAGGCACUACUUAUGCUGGGGGAAAUUAAAAAAACUGUGGGAUUUCACGUCGAAGGUGGGCCACAGCUCAUUGAGAAGGGUAACAGGAGCUGCCCAAAGCAUUUUAAGGACUCUUUGGCUGCAAAUAUCGAUUUUCUUGUAAAAGAAUUUAGUAAAAUUGGAGUCAAGGACUCUGAGAACUUCCUUACUCAAACAAGCAGAGGGGCCCCUGUAGUUGGUAAUCUUCCACCUAAGGCUAAGACGUCAUUAUAG